AUGGAGCAGAAGAGGCAGGAGGAGGAGGAGGAGCAGAAGAGGGAGGAGGCUAGGAAGGCGGAACACGAAAAAGAGGAGAAGCGGCAGAAGGAUGAGGAGGAGCGGAAGACGGAGGAGGCGAGGAAGGCUGAAUGCGAAAAGGAGCAGAAGCGGCAGGAGGAUGAGGAGGAGCGGAAGAGGGAGGAGGCGAGGAAGGCGGAACGCGAAAAGGAGCAGAAGAGGCAGGAGGAGGAGGAGCGGAAGAGGGAGGAGGCGAGGAAGGCAGAACGCGAAAAGGAGCAGAAGCGGAAGAAGGAUGAGGAGGAGCGGAAGAGGGAGGAGGCGAGGAAGGCGGAACGCGAAAAGGAGGAGAAGCGGAAGAGGGAUGAGGAGGAGCGGAAGAGGGAGGAGGCGAGGAAGGCGGAACGCGAAAAGGCGGGGAAGAUUGUGGAGGCCAACGAGCGAGAAACGCGCGAGGAGGCGAGGGUGGAGGAGCGAGAGCGACAGAGGCAGGUCGGGGAUGGAGCUCGGCAAGUGGUGGUUGGCGACCAGCCAACCCUGGGGCAUCACGGAACAACUGUUGGUCGGGCAGCGGAUGUUGGUUUACCGGGAUUGAGAACAGGCGGACCGAGGCCGAUGAUGCAGCGGGAAGGUGGCCGGCGUGAUGAUCAAACAGCCCGGAACAGGGUCGGCGCGGGAGACCAUAGGAGGUUCGAUCAGUCAAGGCAAGCUGGUAGGCGAGAGGGUGAAGCAAUUGGAACGCGGCAGGGUGAGCGAAUGGCGGAGGAUCAGGUCUGGCGUGGGGUGGGAUGGGGAAUGGAAGGAGUGCGACACAGGGAGUUUCAGCAGAGAGAGGCGGAAGGACGUGCGGACGAGGAACUAGAGAGUGCGGCUAGUGCGCUCCCCAUGCAGAGGCGGCAUCCACGAGCGGCAGAGAAUCCUGCUGCGGUGCAGGGAGAGGAACUAGAGGAUGGUGAAUGGGUGGCUGUGGAGGCGCUACUGGCGGGACUGGAGCAAGCGGGGCCGCAGGUUUUCGAGGAGACGGAGCGAGGAUUUGAGGAGGCUGGCGACCGCAUCGCAGCUGGCGGCAGGAUGCAUACCACAGCAGAGUUGAUGCGGCGUCUGACCUUGGUGGCAAGGUCCGUGGCGAGGGCUUCGUCGGAGCAACGUGUUCGUUUCAUCGACUGCAUGGCAGAGAUUCGAGAAUUUGGUACACAGAUGCAAGCCUUGGACAGCCGCUACUUCCAGGACUACGAUGAUCUAACACACGAGUACCACGAGCUCAAGGCCGGGGUGGUCCGGGAACGCGACGAGCUAACCCAAUUGCGUACUGCUCUUUCGGCUUCUGUCGCCGAAGCACGAGCGGCAGCAGCUGAUGCGGGUCGCGCAGCUGCAGCAGCGGCUGUGGAAGCAUUAGAGGAAAGGUUACAGGGGUUUUUCGAGAACUUACGGGAGAAGCUGAAGAGUGUGGUGGAGCAGGUGAUAGAGCAAUCGUCGCUAGAGGCCUCGUUCACAUCCACCUCCAUGGAACACCUGCAAGCGGCUAUUGACAAUAGUGUACUCGCAGUGUGGGAGGAUCUUAGGGCUGCGGACGACCAAAACAAUCUGACUUUCAACAAGAUUCAGAAGGCUCUGGCAGGACUGUCAACAAAGCUCAAAGGGCUGACUGGACCCAGCAAGACGGCGCAAGUGACGGCUGCAAAGAAGAGGCGGGCUGAGAAGGGGUUGGGAAAUACGAGGGUGGAGGACCGUCCUGGGACUGUCAGCAGGGGGAGAGUGACGGAAAACCAACCGGCGGGUACAGCUGCAGAGGCAAGGAAGGCAGAACGCGAAAAGGAGCAGAAGCGGCAGGAGGAGGAGCGGAAGAGGGAGGAGGCAAGGAAGGUAGAACGCGAAAAGGAGCAGAAGAGGCGAAAGGAUGAGGAGGAGCGGAAGAGGGAGGAGGCAAGGAAAGCGGAACGCGAAAAGGAGUUGAAGCGGCAGAAGGAUGAGGAGGAGCGGAAGAGGGAGGAGGCGAGGAAGGCAGAACGCGAAAAGGAGCAGAAGCGGCAGGAGGAGGAGGAGCGGAAAAGGGAGGAGGCGAGGAAAGCGGAACGCGAAAAGGAGUUGAAGCGGCAGAAGGAUGAGGAGGCGCGGAAGAGCGAGGAGGCGCGGAAGGCAGAACUCGAAAAGGAGGAGAAGCGGCAGAAGGAGGAGGAGGAGCGGAAGAGGGAGGAGGCGAGGAAGGCGGAACGCGAAAAGGAGGAGAAGCGGCAGAAGGAGGAGGAGCGGAAGAGGGAGGAGGCGAGGAAGGCGGAACGCGAAAAGGAGGAGAAGCGGCAGAAGGAGGAGGAGGAGCGGAAGAGGGAGGAGGCGAGGAAGGCGGAACGCGAAAAGGAGGAGAAGCGGCAGAAGGAGGAGGAGGAGCGGAAGAGGGAGGAGGCGAGGAAAGCGGAACGCGAAAAGGAGUUGAAGCGGCAGAAGGAUGAGGAGGCGCGGAAGAGGGAGGAGGCGCGGAAGGCAGAACUCGAAAAGGAGGAGAAGCGGCAGAAGGAGGAGGAGGAGCGGAAGAGGGAGGAGGCGACGAAGGCAGAACGCGAGCAGGAGGAGAAGCGGCAGAAGGAGGAGGAGGAGCGGAAGAGGGAGGAGGCGAGGAAGGCGGAACGCGAAAAGGAGGAGAAGCGGCAGAAGGAGGAGGAGGAGGAGCGGAAGAGGGAGGAGGCGAGGAAGGCGGAACGAGAAAUGGAGGAGAAGCGGCAGGAGGAGGAGCGGAAGAGGGAGGAGGCGAGGAAGGCGGAACGCGAAAAGGAGGAGAAGCGGCAGAAGGAGGAGGAGGAGCGGAAGAGGGAGGAGGCGAGGAAGGCGGAACGCGAAAAGGAGGAGAAGCGGCAGAAGGAGGAGGAGGAGCGGAAGAGGGAGGAGACGAGAAAGGCGGAACGCGAAAAGGAGGAGAAGCGGCAGAAGGAGGAGGAGGAGCGGAAGAGGGAGGAGGCGAGGAAGGCGGAACGCGAAAAGGAGGAGAAGCGGCAGAAGGAGGAGGAGGAGCGGAAGAGGGAGGAGGCGAGGAAGGCGGAACGCGAAAAGGAGGAGAAGCGGCAGAAGGAGGAGGAGGAGCGGAAGAGGGAGGAGGCGAGGAAGGCGGAACGCGAAAAGGAGGAGAAGCGGCAGAAGGAGGAGGAGGAGCGGAAGAGGGAGGAGGCGAGGAAGGCGGAACGCGAAAAGGAGGAGAAGCGGCAGAAGGAGGAGGCGAAGGCGAUGGAAAGGAGGCGGGCACAGAGGGAGGCGGAGUUAGAAGCUAAGCGCCAGCAGAUUGCUAAGAUUGCGAAAACAAAGCGGUUGGAGGCAGCAAAGCGAAAAAGAGACCUCGAAAUAGAGCGUCGGAAAGCCCUGGAGGAGAUCGAGCGUAUUGCACGGUUAGACGAAGCCGCAAAGGAGGAAGAGGAGAGGCAACAAAUGGAGUUGAGGCGGAAACAGAGAAAAUGGAAAACGAGAGGCGAUAGAUUGCGGGGGAGGAUGAGGAAGGGGCAGCGGGGCAACGGCAGGGAGGAGAGGCGGAAGAAGGGCUCUGGAGGUCUAGAGACUCAACCGCCUUUGAAGAGGCUUCGCAUUGACCAGACCGGAACGAACUUCGACGCGGAUGAGGGGUCUUUGGGGGCUGCUGCGUCAGAGGAAUGUGUCGGUGAAAAUGUGUCGGGAAAUCAGAACGUUCAACCAACGUUGGGGGAGGCGACGGGAGAGGUGGCACCGCGAAGAGCGGAUGUGCUACCAGACGAGCUAGGGAAGCGGUGGGGGGAAACAAAGCAUUUCAGAUCGAGUGGUCUUACCACACGUGAGAAGAAGAACAAAAAGGGGGAAGUGGUGUACGUGCGCUACAACUCGGAGCAAACCGUCGGAGGUGUGAAGAGGAACAUGGGGAGCUACAAGGAGCGGAAACUACGCGAUUUCACAGUGGCCGUCUGUUGGAUGUCCUACUUCCCCGACACCGACAUGGCCCAUUACGGCUUGGAUCCUGCCGAGCUUGGCUUGUGGGCGGUCCACCUCGAUUUCGCUCGUGAACUCCCGACGGGUGUCUGGAGUGUCAUGAACGAAUUGAACCUCGACAAGUUCGAGAACUUCGAAAACGUCAUGAACAAGACAAAUGCACGGGUGAAGGACGGCGCACAUUUCCAGGUGGCCGUUUGCACAGGGAUUGGACAGGCCCUGGUACACGGAGGGAGUGGGCUGGUGUCGCCCCCCGCGAAUGUCACUCCCGCGGUCUAUGCAGCGGGAGUAGCUGCAACCCUCUACACCUUGUGGUGUGCCUCGAUCGGCAUUCCCCACCAGGACUGGGCGGAGGGUGCGGAUGAGGCGGCUCGUGGCACGCUCAACGAGGCAAGCCUUGCUAGUCGAGCAACCUCUACUGCUCGCCUCGGAGUGUGGACCUUGAAGGCCGUGAAGAACCUAACGCACGAGAAGGCGGAUUGGGAAGUGGUGCUCACCAAGGCCAUUCUCGGCCUUGUGGAUCCCGAGCCCGGGGAGGCAGAGGCUAUUGAAAUGGCCAAGGUGGUUUCGAGGGUGCUGGUGUACUGGUGCGAGUGCUGUCACGCAAACCAGAGUCUUUACGCGUAUCAGGGUGGGAUGCUCCAUUUUCCCCAGCCCACAAAAGGGGGACGGCGGAAGGGGAAUGCGGGAGGCAACGAGUGA